ACCACACUUCCCAGAAUGCCGCGGGAGGGGCCGGGGCGAAUCGCGCUCUGGCAUUGUCCCCUCCGCGUUGCCGUAGCAGCCGGCGGGGGCGGCUGUCAGGCGGUGACGGCGGGCGGGACGCGCCCAGGUUGUUGCUGCUGCCGGGACGCGGCUGGGUGCGGGCGGCGGCUCGCGGAGCAGGGGGCGGUCGGCGGGGAGCUCGGCGGACCCGGCCCGGCCAUGGACGAGCAAGCGGGGCCCGGCGUUUUCUUCAGCAACAACAACAACAAUAACGCCUUGCUGCUGCCGCCGCCGGCGGGCGGGCCGGGGCUGGAGCCGGGCGAGGCGGCGGCAGCAGCGGCCGCCGCGGCGGCAGCAGGAGGAGGAGGCGGCGGCGGCGGCGGGGGGGUCUCAGCCUCCGGAGCCGCCGCACCGGUGUCGGCGUCCCGGGCUCAGUACAGCGUGCCGGGCAUCCUGCAUUUCCUGCAGCACGAGUGGGGCCGCUUCGAGGCGGAGCGCGCCGAGUGGGAGGCGGAGCGGGCGGAGCUGCAGGCCCAGAUCGCCUUUCUUCAAGGUGAAAGGAAAGGACAAGAAAAUCUGAAGAAGGAUCUGGUGCGAAGAAUCAAAAUGCUGGAAUACGCGCUUAAACAGGAAAGGGCUAAAUAUCACAAAUUGAAAUAUGGCACAGAAUUAAAUCAGGGAGACAUGAAGCCACCCAACUAUGAUUCUGAUGAAGGGAAUGAGACAGAGAUUCAGCCACAACAGAACAGUCAGCUAAUAUGGAAACAAGGACGACAGCUGCUAAGACAGUAUCUACAAGAAGUGGGCUACACCGACACGAUACUGGAUGUGAAGUCAAAACGAGUACGAGCUUUAUUGGGCCUCUCAAGUGAUGCUUCAGAGAAGGAAAACAGAAGUCAAGAGCCAAUGGUAAAUGGCACAGAGGGGCAGAUUAAAGAAAACGCGAUGAUGGGGAAACCUGAAUUGACUGACUCUGCCUCUCUGCUAGAGACCUUCAAGUUUCUUGAAAAUGCAGCUGCGGACUUUAGCGAUGAAGAAGAUGAAGAAGAUAUUGAAGGAAGAGAGAAAACAAUCAUUGAUAGCGCAACAAUUGUAAGGAAAAGAGUGCUGUCUGACAGCAGUGAAGACAGAGAUACAGAAGAAGCUUUGAAGGAGUUUGACUUUUUGAUUACCUCAGAUGAAGGUGAUGGGGAUUCAAGAAGUUCAGGAGAUGGAACAGACUGGGAAAAGGAAGACCAGUGUCUCAUGCCUGAAGCUUGGAAUGUCGACCAGGGAGUAAUAACCAAACUCAAGGAACAAUACAAAAAGGAGCGCAAGGGGAAAAAGGGGGUGAAGAGAAAAACUACCGAAGAUAUGUUUCAGCCUCAAUCCUAUAUAAAACAGUCAAAACAGGGAUGUGGGAAAAUGAUGGAGCAAAGCACAGGGCCCAACAGGUCAAAGCUGCAAGAUAUGCUUGCAAACUUGAGAGAUGUUGAUGAUCUCCCUUCAUUACAACCAUCUGUUGCACCUUCUUCUAGGCCCAGUAGCUCAAGGCUCAUUGAACACGAGAUAAACAGGACGGAUGAAGUGGAAGCUUUAACAUUCCCUCCUUCUUCAGGGAAAUCUUUCAUUAUGGGAACAGAUGAAGCCCUUGAAAAUGAACUGGGUCUUGGAGAACUGGCAGGCCUUACAGUAGCCAAUGAGGCAGAUUCACUGACUUACGAUAUAGCAAACAAUAAGGAUGCAUUGAGAAAGACUUGGAACCCCAAAUUCACAUUAAGAAGUCACUUUGAUGGAAUAAGAGGUCUCGCUUUUCAUCCGGUUGAACCAGUCUUAAUAACAGCUUCAGAGGACCAUACAUUAAAAAUGUGGAAUUUACAAAAAACAGCCCCAGCAAAAAAGAGUGCUUCUCUUGAUGUAGAGCCAAUAUAUACCUUCAGAGCACAUAAUGGCCCGGUGCUGUGUGUGGUGAUGAGCAGCAAUGGUGAACAGUGUUACAGUGGGGGAACGGAUGGCCUCAUCCAUGGCUGGAAUAUAACCAACCCAAACAUCGACCCCUAUGACUCUUACGAUCCUUCUGUUCUAAGAGGUGCUUUUGUAGGCCAUACAGGUGCAGUGUGGGGUCUGGUUUAUAGUGGAGUUCACCAGCGUUUGCUGUCCUGUUCAGCAGACGGCACUAUACGUCUAUGGAAAGCUACAGAAAUUGCUCCAGCUCUCAGUAUAUUUAAUGAUAAUCAAGAAAUGGGAAUCCCUUCAUCAGUAGAUCUUGUGAGCAGUGACCCAAGCCUCAUGGUAGCAUCAUUUAACAGUGGACACACUAGCAUUUUUAACAUGGAGACACGGCAACGAGUUCUUAUCCUGGAGUCCAGUGCAGACACUAUCAGCUCCUCCUGUCAGAUAAACAGAGUCAUCAGCCAUCCAACUCUUCCAAUUAGUAUCACAGCUCAUGAAGACAGACACAUCAAAUUCUACGACAACAAUACAGGAAAACUGAUCCACUCCAUGGUAGCUCACUUAGAUGCAGUUACAAGUUUAGCUGUUGAUCCUAAUGGCUUGUAUUUGAUGUCUGGCAGUCAUGACUGUUCGAUUCGCUUGUGGAAUCUUGAAAGCAAGACCUGCAUCCAAGAAUUUACUGCUCAUCGCAAAAAAUUUGAUGAGUCCAUUCAUGAUGUGGCAUUCCACCCCUCCAAAUGUUAUAUUGCCAGUGCAGGAGCAGAUGCCCUGGCUAAAGUGUUCGUAUGACAGAGUGCUUCCCUUUCAACUCUAGCUUUGUAUAUAUUUAACCAGCUGCACAAAAGAGAAGAGGAGGGCAUGUGUCUUCUUAUCCUGCCGUGUAAUUCAGAGAAUGUUUGUAAGUGUUUAGUUUUGCAGGGUGCUGUUUUCUAAAUUGAUGUUUGUUCUGAUUUCUGCGAGCUCAGCUGGUGCUGAGAGCUUGGAAACUCUCAGUUUCUGGUAGUUAAAAAACAAAAGAAAUGCUUUUAUUUCAGAGGGUGUGAAUUUUCGUCCAGGCAGGCCUUGGGUGAAACUAGGUCUAUGUAUUCUCUGUUAAUAAAAUGGAGUACUGGAAAGAAGGGGUCUAAUUGCAUCAGGGAGUAGGACAAGAGGGAAACUUCUAGGAUGCUUCUCGUUGAGGAAUCUUAAUGUACUUAAAUCACCUGGAAAAAGUGACAGUUCACAUGCUCAUUACUGUGUCAUGUGGGAGGCACUUUGUCAUCCCUUUGGUAUUAAUAAUGUAGAUCUUGUUCAGAGAGCAGUAGCGGAUAGUUAAUCUCAGCCACCUGGCUGCUAGCCUAAGAUAAAUGCAAUUAAAGGAAAGCAAAUUACUAACAUAAAUUAAAAUGCAGUAAAGUUUUUUGUUACAUCUUCUGUGUUAUACAGCAAAUAUUUAGUUUGCAAAAAAAAAAUGAUAUAAUUUUUUUUAAAACUGUAUUAGCGUGUGGCUAGAAGCUGAGCCUUUAGUCUAGUCCCAAUUAACGACAGGCUGAAGCAGUCUGUAUAUACUGUAGUAGCAGAUUUAACUUAUUCAGAUUUAUAAUGCUGUUUAUUCUUGGAGAUCUGGCACCGGAAAAUAUCAGAAAGAUUUCCAAAUAAGCUCUCCUACAAUUUAACUAUCAAACAUUCACCUCCUUUUUCUAUUCCUUCUGAAAAGGGUAUCAUUCUGGGCAUUAAAGAUAAAAGUGACAUGCUUCUUUUGACAAUUAAACCUAUACCCGAUGCUUUGUAUGAGUCCUACUAGUGCAAUAUGUGGAGACUAUACGAAGUUCCAUCAGUUUGAGACAUUCUGCUACUUCUAGAGGUAUUUCCCAGCUUCGCCAUUUGUGGAACUCGAAACUUGUCAACUUUACUGGGUGUAUCGUGCCAUUGGUUAGGUUACCUGAAGAAUGAGUGCUUCUUGUGAUUACUCGACAGAUGUGCUUUAUCUAUUCAGGGCUUCUCUGUUGAUUUGAAUGACAAAUAACUUUUAAUCUGAUCUUUUAGUCUUUUUAUCCCUUCUUAAGGGAAGGGGAGUGGAUUCUUUUCUAUUAUGUGUCAUCGUCAGAGUUAUUACUGCUCAUAAGCCUGAAGCUGGUGUUUUCCUCUAAUGGGAAUGGAAGGCAGAAUUUCUGCAGGAGAUGAUUUCUGAUGCUGAUGUGAGUAGUAAAGAACCCAGUGCAGCUCUUCUACAUACCAGGCUGAGGUUAAGACUGGAAAAUGAUAAAUAAAUCUUUACCUUUAUUUAAACUGACACUUUUUAAAAAGGAAUCAUUGAAAGAUAUCAGGAAAGGGUUUGACUGUGUUGUUUUUAGAGUGGUGUUUGGGGAUGGGACCACAUUUGAAGCUGAUCUCAGAGUUUAAAUCAACUAUAUUAUUUAGAAUAAAAGGUUGAUCUGUGCUGUUUGAGCCUGAAACACAUUAUAUUUACUGCUAAAAUAUCCUGGAAUACUUUAAUUGCUCAGAAUAUUCAGAUAUGUCACUUCAUGAUAUUGACAUGCAAUAUAUUUCCAUAGAUAAGAUUAGAACUUUUACCAUGAAACAGAUGACUACAAUAGUAAUUCAGAUUAUUUAGUUUUUAUAAAGUGUUUUGUUUAUGAUGGAAAGGGGGGAACUUGGCUGCAAAACUGAGCAUUCAACUUUGUGAGAGUUCUGUGUACUUGACUCAUUCUUUCAGUGUCAUUUUAUUGCUUUUUGAAGAGGAAAUUACAAAGAUUUAUUUGAAAAAUUCUAAAAGUUAUGUAUAUUAUAUUUGUGUAUAUAUAUUGUAAACAUGUAUUAAAUGUGUCUAGUAAGGGAAGACUUCAUGGGUGCAUUUUAAUGUUUUAGUAUUAAGAGUUCUCUUGAGUUUGUGUAUACAAAGGAUAAUGGUGUGAGUAUGAAAUGAAUGUUGUGCUUUGGCUUACACAAUACAAUAUGUAGUUACAGUUGUUUAAAUUGCUGUACAUAAAGCUAAUAGGCCAGCAUGCUUGUUUUUAAAGACUGUCAUUCUGAUUACAAUUGGAAUGUAAGAAGUGGCCGUUCAAAUGUGAAUUGAAAGAUGUUUCCUUCUCACUAGUGAGCUCUUGCUCAAACUGAAAAGAGAUUUUUUUAAAAAGCUGGCAAUAGCUAGAGGAUGAGGUGCCUUUAAAAAACAAAACAAAACAAAUGUAGCCUUACAAAGAGGUUGUGGAGUAUAUAUAUUUUUGUGCUGGUCUUCAUAAUUGAUGUCAAUGUCUUUUUACUGUACUUGCUCACAUAUUUGUAGGACUGCAGGGUAUUGUGCAUGAGCCCGUCAGAUCUUCUGAACAUCAUCAUAGGAGUUAGGGAUGAAAAAAUUAUUUAGGUUAUCUAGUCCAUCUGCUUGCUAAAGCAAGGUUGUAGACUUGUACAUUUUAACGUUGUCUUGGCCAGUGAGGUUUUUAUAUAUAUGUUCUAAACAAUUUGGCUUCCUUUCGAAGAUUAUUUCAAUUAUUAUGUCUCACUGACAGGAGGAUUUGACAUGAUAUGUAGUAGGUCUUUUUUAUAACUUCAUGCCAGUAUCCCAAGCCAUGUUUUGUGCCAUUUUGCAUAUUCCUCAUCAUCUUUGUAAUUUGGAAGCUGCAUGCAUGCACUGGUUCUAGCUCUGUAUUUCCAGUCAUUUCCACUUUCUUCAAGUUGUUUUUUAGUCUGCUUUUUUUACACAACUUUGUUUGCAGGUUUUUAGCUCAGUUCUUCAUAUAUUCGUGCCCACACCUCCAUUCCAUGUCCAUGAUUCGUUUGACCUAGUCCGAAGGUCAUCUGUUAAGUGUAGUUUUUGUUUGGUUAGUUUGUUCCUCCCUAAUGUGAUGCUUUUGUAUGGGAAGACCAAACGUUUGGUCUUCCCGCUGGUGUCUCACAAACCCAAAUAAUAUUUCUUUAUUUCUGACAACUGUUUUAAAUAACUUUGAGCAUUGUUACUUCUGAAGUUUCUUCUUUCAGUAUGUUGUUAUGAUUCUUUUGCAGCUAGAUGCUUAAUUCCCAUUGCAUUAUGAUCCUUGGUUUUAUAAGCUUUGAACUUCGGAUCUCUGAGGGCAGUAAAUUAUUUUUUCCCUUUUAUGUGCAGUUCUUCUGGGCUCAAUGUAAUUGGUAGCUUUCAUGGAUGUGAUGCAUACAUCUGUUGAAGAUGGAAACAAAACUGGACCUAAGGCUUGUUCUUGCGAAAAAGCAUUUUUGUGCAACAUCGGUAUAUGGCAUUUUACCAUUACUAUUUUUCCCGUAUAUAAUUUACAUGGUACAUUUUUUUAAUGAUUAACUCAUUUAAUUUUGUGUGCAUGUUAGCCUGUGCUGCUAAUUUUGGUUUUACUAACUAAUUUAAUGGAAGAAUUUUUGGUCUUUCCGUAUGUUGAAAAUUGGUCUGCUAGGUUUAAGUACUCUCAUUUUUAUUACUAAUUUACUUCACUGUGCUAUUUGCUUUCACAUGUUUAAUUCAGUUAACUAAACGCUUGCACAAAAUGAUUUGGAGUAACCUGGAAGAAGCUCUAGAUAUAAUUCUAUUGUGGAAAACAUUUUCUUCACUCCUAUAAAAUCCUAGUGUCUGCGUUUAUUUUUAUGCCUCAAAGGGAAAACUUUUGACAUACCCUGUGAAAGAUUUUAUUAACUGUAAGAAAGUCACUUGAUGAAUAUUUUUGGGAUCUUAUUCAUCUUUAUUUUGAUAAAAUAUGUUAUUAUCGAGAAACCUGUAGAACUAUAUGCCACGUACUGUGGGUUAUUUUUUAGGCCAUAUGUUUUCAAAUAAUGUUAUGUUCAAGCAGUCCCAUAUGUAAUGUAUUUGAUUAAGUGUGUGAUGUUCACCACACAGCUUUGUGAUUAGGUCAUGCGACACCAUUUUGCAGUUGUGAACUUAAAGUAACCAGAAACUUGUCCUUUUGAAUAAAUGUGUAAGAGAUAAAGGACAUAGUUACACCACCUUUUUCAGUACAUGUGUUUGAUCACAGAUGUGCCCCCUUUCCUCACCCAUUUCCUUAUGUUUUAACAAUGUAAUUUUGGGAAGCAGCAAUUUCCAUAAACUGAUGUGUCGUUUGAGCAAUGUUUGAUUGGCAGAAGUGUUAUUCCAUCCUAAAGGAAACGAAAAGUUAAAAAGCGGGCAUAACUAUCAGAUAAGCAAGUUUUCAAGUUUUUUUAAUGCAUUUCAAGAUGUGUGUAUGGAAGCAUUUGCAGGCUGUGCUUUGGCAGUGUCUUUGCAGACUGUCCUAAGGAGCCUGCUUGACCCCUGUGUGAAAUAUCUAGUACACCUCAUAAAACCUAGUAAUAUAGGUUUAGUUAAGGAAGAAAAUGCAGCCAUUGUGGUUGUGCCUGUGCAAGAGACUACAGCAGUCUUGUCCUUGGAGUCGUCUUUGCUGAAGCAUCAGGUUUGCAGUCUGAGUAAUUUCUGCAGUGUGAGAGUAUCUGCACAUUAGAUUAUUUGUAUUUUUAGUUUGCAGAGCUGUGGGCAGUGGUCGUUUGGAUUGUGUGCUGCACAGCAAGGGAAGCAGGGAGACCAUGUGCUGAACUCUCUAGGGGAUGGAUGGAACUGAUGUGUCCUCCAUGUGACUGGUGUCGUCUCUGGAGAACUGGGCUGGGGAGCAGUGUGGAGUUAAGCCCAAUGGUAUCACAGAGGAAGACAUUAAAAGGUUAGCGUAGCAAGUUUAGGGAGCCUUUUCCAUAGUGAUUCCUUAGAUUUAUUAAUUUGUCCGUUGGUUGCAGGUCCUAUGAAGGAGAAAAUCUAGUAUAUAUCCAGAUUCCAAAUUAUGCACUUUUGUGUCAAAGUACAAGGUGGAGAUGGUUCAGAUUUCAAAACUAUGUCACUUUAGAUGAGGACAUGGCAAGAGAUUUGUAAUAGCUGAUUACUUAAGUCUAAGAAGAGAGCUUACUCUUCUGCUGACAUAGAUAGUCUUCAUGUUGGGGACACAGUUAUGUGAAGCUAAGUUCCUCAGACACCGUAGUGGGACUACUCCUUUGCUUCCAGAUAAACAUUUAUUUAAAAACAGGAUUGCAGGACUAAGACUUUGUCUCAUGAUGUCUGUUAGAAUUGAACCAAAACCACAACAUUUUGGAAGCAGAGUAGAAUUUUAGGCUUGUUUCUAUCUCCCACUCCCCCCCCAUCCCCCCGCUUCUAGGUAAUUUGUGAGUCACUUAGCAUGUGUGUCUUUCAGCUUGCCAAUGGGUGAGCUGAUAAGAUUGAUGGAAAUAACUGAGAAAACAUGAUGCUGCUUAUAAUCUAGAAUUUAAAAAGAUUCUGAAAUUUGUGGCUGCUUAGUGGAAAUUGUUUUGGAUACACUGUUAAGAAUUAAGAAAUCAUAAUAUGAUAGCAAACCACUUACAUAUGAUGAAUUGGUUUGUAUAAGAUGUUGCAAUCUUUGAUAUGGUAGAUUGAGUUUUCUUGGGCAUCUGCUGUGGGUGGGCAUUGUAGGGUUGCACAGCAUAGCUCUUAGUAUUGAGUCACAGAGAGGAAGCAAAGUUUUCCCAGAAAAAACUACUCAAAUGUUGCAGGAAGCUCUCUUUUUCCAUAAGGACAUGAAAGCUUUGAGAAUAUUUUAUCUAAAUCUGAUAAUGUAUUUGGUUGAAGAGGGUUACAAUAGGUGGCUAGUCUUAAAUCUUUCAUCAUUGGUGUCUUCAAGCUUAGAGACAAACACCAUGACUGAAAUGCAUGGCCCGUAACUGCUGUUCGGAACCUCUGCAAUGUUUCUACUGAGCAGCAGAGGACCUGAUGAAAACCACAGUCUUAAUCCAUCCAGUUAUAUAGGGAGUGUUUUACAAGAAAUAACCCAUAUUGUAACAGAUAGUGUCACAUACAAGAGAGCAAAGGAACAAACACCUGGGGAGGCGGGGGGUAGCGGGCACGACGAGGGUGACUUGUCUGUAAAUCGUCCUUGCCCGGGCAAGUGCUCUUGUUCAGCUGGUGGGACUCAUCCCAGGAGGGAGGAUGGUGGGAAGUAACACCUUUAAAAUUAUGUCUCUGCCUGUGCUAAUGAACGUACCUGUUGGGCAGGUUAUCUGUCUUUUUGAUAUCUGAUUUUUAUCUUCCCACUUAAAUCCUCCUUCAGGCUAUAUUUUCCAAGGAUUUAAAAAUUGUAUCUGCAGUGUACUGUCAUUGCAGGGUCAAUUUCAUAAAGGGCUAUUGAUUUUUCUCUGAGUGUUUUCUGAACAGUGGUGGGGCGUCUGCUUCAGCCCUGCCCCUCCCACCAUCAAAAGGCUGAUUUGUACCUCUUUAUUUCCAGUUCAUUUAACUCUACUGAGUUACUCUGCCUGCUGACUUCAUUUUGCUGCUUUGUUGUCUGUUGUGGAAACUUAGGAAGUGCUGUAUAAGAUGUUUUUGAGAAUCUGAAUUCCACUACAGAAAGUGUAAAUCCAGUUCAGUACUACAGUUUGUUGAUCUCGGCUGGUUCAUUGUCAGAAGAGAUUUGUUGCUGGAUGACAAAAUCCAAACUAUGGCUGACCUAGAAAGACAUUUAGUAAGAAGUGCUUUUUAGCCCAGCUAUCUUCCGGAUUAGGUCUGGGGUUUGGAGUUGUGUGUUAAACUAGUUUCGCCCUGCUCAUGUUGACAAGCCAUGUUGUGAUCCUGGAAGAUCACACCCAUGUGUAAACCAUCCCUGCACAUGUGGUUUUUAAGCUGCUCAGAGCUUUGUGUGGGCACGGUCCUCAAGCCCAGUCUACUUGCAUUCCCUCCGUUUGAAUUGCAGGCUCCCAAAAUUACUUCCUUGCUAUUCCAAGAUGCCCUUGGUCCUCACACCAGUGUAUUAAACUGGGACACUGAGAAAAGAUUUACGCAGCUGGAUUUGUACUAUUCCAAAAGCGAAGGGAUGACUUGUUGCCAAACCAAAUAUUUUCAUUAUUUUUGGAGUUCUUACUAAAAGCAGCCAAAAACAUUGUAUAAGGGAUGAACGAUGGAGUUCAAGCUGAUAUUUUUCCAUUAAGAAUUUAUUUUUUUAUUCUUCCUGUCAUCGCGGUAGUGCUUUCUGAAUGUAGCUUGUUUUCAGAUGUGUGACUCCUAGAAGUGUUUCCUUGCAGUCAGCCAUUUACAAACAUACAUAGGUUUUGAACACUGUGUCAUAUGUGGUAGCACUUUUUCUGGAAAUGCAAACUGAGCACAUUAGGUAAUAAUUUCUUGUACCUGUAUAGCCCAAACAGACUGAAAAGCGGUCCUGUGCUAUAUUUUCUGUGAAUCAUGCAUCUGAAACAACUUGUAGGAGAAGGUCUGUGAUAAGAAGACCAUUGUUGCUGUAAGAUUUCUGUUGACAUUUGUCAGCAUAUCAACUACCUGCAUCAUAUUUUGUGUAACUAUCUUCAAUCGAUUUCUUUUAAAAGAAGCUGUCAGGUUAAAAAAAAAAAAAAUCCAGACAAAUUUAUUUGCUUUAUGCAGCAUAGUGUGAUUUUUAAAAAAUUUUUUUUAUUUUUUUUACUGUUAAUAUACUUUUAUUUUUCUCUCUCUUCAAGAGUAACUAUUGAACUUAGCUUUACCUGACAGUUCUCUUUUGGAGAACAUACCACAGGUGAUAACCACUUAAAUGUUAGUAAUUACAGUUGCUCCUCUUCUUUUUUGGGUCACUUCCAUGACAGAGAGUUGAUACAAAAAGGCUACUGUGACUGAUAUGUAAACACCUAAAGGAAAUUAAGACUCUCCUUCAGAAUUACGCUGAAGUUAUGAUUUUGCACGCCAGUUUUGAAUGACUACUUUGAAACAAUGUUGGGCUUCAAGUGUCUUGCAAAGUGGUGGAUCCAAAUGAGAAAGACCCGCUAGUUGAGGAAUAGGCUGCUUGUCAGUUUGUGUAUGGCUCAGUACGAGGCUGUGUCAGAAUUUCAGUACCACCAAAUUACCUUGUUUAAGUGCUACUGUCGUACAAAAGUGAAUGUCAAUUUAAGUGAGAAAGUCUGUUUUCUAACUUGUGAAAGGAAAUCGUUUUCUUGGGAUCCAUAAAUGUCAUGUAUUUCAUGAUUUUAGAAAGGCUUCUUAAUCAUGUGACAUAAGUGAAAAAGUGAUUAGUUCUCCAAAGAUUUGAUAAGCAUUUAUUAUAAAAAGUAUACAUUUUUGCUUUAAAUGAAAAUGAUUCUUCAAACAAUAUUAAACUUCUUACUCAAAUUCAAUAUUUUAAAAUCCUGGAUAAGCAUUUAAAAUGGCAAAACCAGAAGAUUCAGAGGGAGAUUAUUUUGAAAUAUGCCAGUCUAUUUUUGAGCUUUUCAACUGCAGCCCUGAAUUUUCUCCUUUUCACUGCAAUUCCUAUUUUGUGAAACUUCUUGAAUGCAGCUUUAAAUAUAACCUAUCCACUUGCCUGGAUACAUCAAGUCAAUAUUUUGUCAUUAAGUUUAUAUAGAUCUGCUUAUGUUAGUGUGCAGUUUCAAAUGAGCCGAUGUUGAGGUAACCUUGCAGGUGUUAGUGUUGGUAUGACAGUAGUGCAGUGGGGUAGCUGUGUGCUGUACCCGCCGUCUGUGCUGAGCAAAAUCACAUGGACUUCCAGAAAAAAGCAAUGGUUUUUCAGAGCAGCUUUAUUUAAUGUUACGGCAGCAAGUAAGUGUCAUUUGUACCAUAUACUUAUGUAAAUUGGGUGCUAAUAAAUACUAUUUUUCAACA